AUGGACCAUAUACGAGAAAAUUAUAUUCUGUGGACUUUUGAUGUUGCCAGUCUAUAUACUAACAUUCCCCACCAGGGUAGCCUAGAGGCCCUCAAGUUCUACCUCAAUGAACGUCCCCCUAAUGCUCUUCCCAGCACCAAUUGUAUUGUGGACUUGACUGAACUGGUACUAACCUCAAACUGUUUUCUCUUCAGAGGAUACUUUUUCUUCCAGACCAAAGGGACAGCGAUGGCUCCUAAUUAUGCGAACCUAUACACUGUAUCUAGGAAUGUUUGAAAAACAAGUGAUGCUGAAUCCAAACCUUAACCCCUUUUCUCGCCAAUAUUUUCCUAAUUCUGAGAUAUUUCUAUGAUAUUUUUGUGAUCUAUACAGGGACCCAGGAAGAGCUCUUAGAAUUCCAUGCCUAUCUAAACUCUAUGAAUGAGCACGUUCAUUUCACCAUCACCUAUGACCUAUCCCAAAUCAGUUUUCUUGAUGUGAUGGAUAUUAAGAACAAAACCUCCCUCUCUACAGAUCUCUAUAGGAAACCUACGGACAGAAACACCCUCCUUAGAGGUGACAGCUUCCAUCCACGUCAACUUAUUAAAAGUCUCCCUGUAAAUCAAUUCAGCCACAGAAGAAUAUGCAGCUCUGAUGCUUCUUACCAGAAACAGACCAUGGACCUCACACAAAGGUUUAAGGAAAGGGAUUACAAAGACAAUUGGGUAAAACAUGCCAACAUUUUGAAGGGCAAACACAGUUGGAAAGUCUUCAACCAAAAGUAAAAUACUCAAUACUCACCAUUGGGGAAGGCAUUUAAGGACAUUAUCAGGAAGCACUGGUACAUUAUUGAUACUGACACACAAUUGAAACCCAUCUUUAAAUAUCCCCCGCGUAUGGUCUUUAAAAGACCCCCAAACGUGAGAGACAUUGUGGUCAAAUCUGACUAUCCACCAGAGGAAAGGGAAACUUUCUUGGAAAAAGUUUGAGGGUAAUUAAAAAUGUGGCCAAUGUGCUCAAUGCAGUUUAACGUAUAAAUGUGACUAAUUUACCUACCCCCGCACAGGAAAAUAUUUAAGAUCAAAGGCCUGAUUACCUGCAUGUCCACCAAUGUUGUUUACAUGUUGAAAUGUCCCUGUGGUCUGUCUUACAUAAGGACCACCCGUAGAAGCCUUUAGACCCGGAUCAGUGAGCACCGCAAUAUACGGACAGGUGAGACAAAAAACCCAGUUGCUGUUCAUUUUGUACAAGCUGGACAUCCUAUUAGUUCUCUGAGAUACAUUGGAAUAGAAAUGGUCAAGAUGUCAUGCAGGGGAGGGGACAUUGAGAGGAAACUUCUUCAAAGGAAUCUUUCUGGAUCCAAAGGCUCAACACACUGUCUCCUCUUGGCCUUAAUGAGGAGUUCGACUUAA